CGUAAGUACAAAGAUGGAUGAAUAUUGAGCGUUGAAACAAAAAUUUGGCUUUGAUCGUUAUUGCUGAACACAUUUUUGAUUCUUUGCACAGGUGAAAUGUUCCCCCUGAAUCUUCGGAUCGCUGCACCACUCAUUUGCUUAGGAGUCAUCCUCCUAUUCCUCCUAUUAUUCCUCAUAUUGAGGAAUACAUUCUCAGUGCCAUUGAUCCUUAUGGCGCUCAUUAUUUCCUUGUGCACCGUGAGCAUCUGUGUGGUGUGUUGCUCAGAAUGGGGAUUAAUUAAACUGUCAAGUAUUAAUUGGCUUCUGUGCUUUCGAAGAUUUCAUAACAAUCAUCUUAAUCAGCUUGAACAGAAGGUCCAAAGAACAAGUGAUUGUUGUAAUGGUAGUUCUAGCUGUGGUGUGUUGUAUAACAGGCGCAAUAUUGUACUUCUUAAGCAUGCAUCACUACACUAAAACCUGUUGUCUGAAU